AUGUUGGGUCAGACAGAAUGCUUCUCUAACUCAAGCCCAAAGGAUAAUGCGUCUAUGCUUUCUAGUCUUGUCCAAAUCCCAACCCACCUCCAACCUCAAUUGGAGCAGUUAUCUGGUGAAAAGCCACUAGGCACGCAUCUUUUUGCUCCUAAUAGUCAAUUUAUUUCUAAUGGUUUUGAACAUAAUCAGGCAUCAUACAUGAACUUAAAUUCCCAGAAUAGUCAUCAGAUACAACAUCAUUUGCGCGGCCAUGGUCAUCACACGGGCCAAAAUGGUCAACCUCAACAAUAUAAUAUGCCGCAAAUGUCAGUAGACUACACCAUGGCUUUUGAAUUUAAUGGCCCGAGUGGCCAAGCUGCCAACACCCAACUAGUGAAUAACGCCAAUGCUACAUGCAACACUGCUAGUAAUUCCAUGUCGCACGCGGUUUUGCGCGCUGAUGGUCAUUCCCAAAACUCCAUUUCAGGCUCGGUCAAUAACAACGUUAUUGAAACCUUGCACUCGAGCUCGUUGUCCCAUGGUCAACUUCAACAGUUGAUGCAGCAGACUCGCUUUGAAACUGGUACCUCGGAAACCAAUACUUCAUUGAGUCAUCUUACUGGGAAAAAUGUGGCUCGAAGCAACAGCACUCAAGACCAGCAUCAAUCACGACGUGAAAACCAAGCUGACACGGUCGGCAAUUACUUGUCUCAUUUAAACAAAGGCUCUGCAACUCUUGUUUCUUGUCCUCCUAAUCCUCCCCCAUAUUUGGGACAAGUAAUAGAACCCUUGCUUAUCCCCACUCAAAAUACCUCGAUUGUGACCCCACCUUGCAAUAGUGCAGGAAAAAAUAGACGUGUAGAUCCUACAGACAUGGUCCAGUCACACAAGAGUGCGCUUGCUUCUGGAAAUUCAACCCAAGCUACUCCCACCCCUGGUUCUUCGGCGCCUUACUUUGAUCGUGUAUUGGAGAUAAGUCUUGCCAACCCGACCGCACGUCGUCCUGCACUACGACGCACAAAGCUGAAAAAGCCUGCACCGAUUGAUACUUCGGUAUUGCACUCGGCUUCCUUCGUUACAACUAAUCUAUCCAAAGCAAAUGUACCUAAUAAUGGGGCUAUACCAAGCGCACCCAUGUUGUCUACUAUCCCUUUUAUACCCAAACCUCCAGUCUCUUCAGUAAUUGCAAUGUCUGCUCCACCAACAUGUAUGCCACCCGUUCCAUCGACAAUCGACGAUGGAUCUGACUCAAAGCCAAAGUACUCGUAUAUGCAGCUUAUUGCAGAAGCUAUUGAAAGUACUCCAGGUCGUAUGAUGUCUUUGCAAGAAAUCUACGACUACAUCAGAGAUCACUAUGUAUAUUUCCGUAACGCCCCUCCGACCUGGCAAAAUUCUAUCCGUCAUAACCUAUCUGUUCAAAAGAUUUUUGAAAAGAAACCAAGACCCCAAGCACGUGUAGGAAAGGGCGGUAUGUGGACUCUGACAGAAGACUACAAAAAGCAACUUCCUACAUCGGACACAUUUUCUACUGGUAGUAAUUCCAUAUCCAGCUCGCAAGGAGAUACGCGUCAAGCAAAAAGGAUUCGAUUCGUAAACAAAACCAAACUUGCAAACACACAACACCAACCAUCGCGACCCCAUCAACUUGUACGGCAUUCAAGUCAGCAAAUUCUGCACUCUCAAGAGCUUGGAAAUCGAUUGCAGCAUUCUAAUUCACAUAUACCAAUUUUACAAAGAUCCAUGUCAAUGUCUGGUAUUGGGACAGACUCGAUCACAAACGCUCAUGCUCAUCGUCAAAAUUGUUUUCCUCCACAGCCUAGUGCAGGUGUGUUAAAUCAAUACUUUUUAAACGUAUUGGGUGAUAGGCGAAAUAGCAAUCCGUGUAUCAUGGAUACAAGACUAGAUGCAUAUCCAUGCGAGCCCAACUCGAACAUGCAGGAGUCGUUCCGUCGCAUGCUCAACAUGAGUGACACUGAUGAAGAUCUUCUAGACUCUGGUUUGAUGGGCUCGCAAAACGGAAGCUUUUUUUCUGCUUUGAAUAGCGAAUACGGCUCAAUGGAACCUGCAUCUAUGAAUGGUUUCAACUGCGCGUAUUCAGUCGACAGUCCAGCAUUGAAUUUAUUCCAACAUGGUCUGGAUAGUGCUUUGAUUUCUCCUGAUAUCAGGCAUGGAAAUAUUGGCACUGAUAUGACAUCGCUUUUGUGCGACCCUAUGCAUGCUGACAGCGAAUCUGCAAGCUUAUUGGAAGGAACUCAUACUGAAGAUUAUUCACUGAUGCCACCACUCAAGGAAGGCGACUACUCUGAUGUACUGUCUUUAGAUUUGCAGUCUCCUUUUGCUCGUGGUAUGACUUUUUCUUCUGAAAUCCAAUCAGCAGGAGCGUGGCCUAAUCAAUCUGCCGCGCCGUUUGCCAUGGCUUCUGCCUAUAACAAGUCAUCACACACCAUGAGCGCACCAAAUACUAAUUUUUCCACUCCUAUCCUUACUCCAAUAGUUCCAAGUAUAUCUGCUGCUGCUCUAUCACAACCCACCCUAUUAAAUAACCUUCCCAUUUCCAUGAAUGCUGAUGGUAGCAAUCUUGUAUCUAGCCCAGGUGCAACCAGUCAAUCGUCAGGACUUGCCCUGAUGAAUUUGCCGCCAUUUGGUUCUGCUAUGCCCUUCUCGCAUGUGCAUGAUCCUCAAUUUCAAGACAAAACUUUGUUUCAAGCUACAAGGACAGAGUCCAUGUAUGAUUCAAACGUGACAGGAGUCCGCGAAGAAAGUCCAUUCUUGUUUUCGGUUCAAAAUGACUCCAUCUAUCCCACCCAGGCUGUGGUUCCUAAACCACUUCGUGCUAAUACUCAACUUAGUGACGACGAUGAGAUGAAUAUGCUAUCACUUUAAUUUAUAGAAAAAAACAUAAAGCCGGUUAUCAUUAAUGAUUUG